AUGAAGAACUGCAUGAUGGCUGACCAGCGGGGCCGCAGCAUUUUGAAGCACCAACCUGUCGUGGGGGAUGAGGUGCUUGAGUUCAGUCGAGGUCUCGCACCAUCCACCUUCGGCUUCCGGUAUGCCGCCUACAUGGACCGUAACCACUUCCUGCCCAGUGGGCGGGCGGCCGUGAAGCACAUUGCUGACCCGACCUUGGCGUAUGUAAUGAUGCGACACAGGCAGUGCCACGAUUUUUUGCACGUCAUUACCGGCUGUGGCCGCUCGGUAGAGGAAGAGCUGGCGGUGAAGGUCUUUGAGUGGAAGCACACAGGCUUGCCUCUCGGGUUGCUUUCGCUGCUUGGUGGCGCGUCACGGCUGUCAGCAACGCAGUUGGCACACAUGCGACUCUUUUGGGAGUGGGCUUCUCACAACGCACCGUGCUCCCGCCAUGACAAGCCCGCCGUGCCCAUGUAUCUCAAUGUGCCGUGGGAGGACAUGCUCGCCAAGGAGUACGAUGAAGUAGCGGCGUAUACCGGUAUUACGCCGCUGCCUGUAUUCCUUAAGAAACACCAGAAGCAGUGA